AUGUCAGUCGUAAAUCCUGCAACCACAGAGUUGAUUAUCAGUCAGCUAAACCAGGCCAAACAAUUGGGAAUCACACAACCAGAAACUUUUGUCAAAGUUUACAAACAAAUACUACCCAUCAUCAACAAGAACCAAUCCUACGCCAUCAAAAACUGGGGGAUCGAACUCAUCUACGAGACUUUUAUCAAGAAUGUCUACCAGAUAAGAAAUGUCGACAAAGUAGAUCUUGCUAUCAACUCUCUUGACACAUUGACUAUUCUUAUGAAUAUACCUAUAACCGUCCAACAACAGCAACAACAGCAACAACAACAAGAGCAGCAACAGAAACAACAGCAACAACAGAAACAACAGGACAACGUAGUGAAGGAUGGACACGACGUUGAAACUUUUUGCAAGUUGAUUGAUAUCUCAUUGAUUGUUUACAAAUUGUCGUUCCAGUACAUUAGUGAAAACGAUGGAUGUAAUCUACUUUGGAGUAAAUUAACCGAAUUGAAAAACUCAUUGGUCAACAAAUUCCAGUCAAAUUACCCUCUAAGUCCAUCAGAUAAUAGCGAAUAUGACUUGGUGAGAAACAUUGGUACUAAACUUGAGCUUCUCAAAUUCUUGAUGACUGUGAUUGAUUAUCAAUCCAAAACUACAAUAAUUGGCGAGCCAGUUUCAAAAAGGGGAUACUCCUUAAAUGAUGUUCCUCCAAAUCACACAUUGAUUAAAUAUGAAAACAUGGAAUACGAGUCCAGUGCAUUGUUUACCAACUUGGUUUUAAAAGUUUUCUACUUGGAUAUCAUUAUACCCCCAUUGGUCACUGCCACUUUGAAUCAUUGCAUCAUAAUCUUGAAGAAGAAACCGCAAUUGGUGGCCCCUUUGCUUAAAGCGGUAAAUGAGUAUGACAGUAACAAAAAGAAACAAUCCAACUAUCAAUCAGUUGAUGAGUUCAAGUUGGCUAGGAAAUAUGUUGAUCGAAAUAUUAGAAUUUUCCUUGGUUAUGCAAAGAAGAACUCGUUGAUUCCGGUCAGUAUGAAACAGGCCCUCGAAGCUCAACUCAAAGUCCUCACUGAAAGAGGAAUCGAUUUGAGAAAGAAACAUGUCCUCUCUAUUGAAGACAAGAGUAUCAAGAAAAGACCUUUUGAAGGAUUCCAUAACCCAAGUAAGAGGAUGAAAGUUUUGGAUUAUAAGCAUUUGUAUACUCUAAAUGAUCCUGCUGAUCAGCUAAAUGGGUUUGAUUUUAGUACAGUUCCACCCCAAAGUUGUGCCAGAUUGGUGAUUAAUGCAUUGCAAAAGGCUUCGGUCACAAGAUUGACAAAAGCUCUUGAAAUUGUUAGUGAGAGAUACAAGAGUGCAUUGAGUCAACAGCCAAUCAAGGUAAAGCAAGAGAGAGUAGGUUUACUGUACGGCAGUACAAACGGAGCCAAUACUGGCAUCGUUACAGUUAAAAGUGAGUUCCCCACUGAGAUCAAACAGGAAAAUCAACACGAUGGAGAGUUUGGAUACAAUGAAGCUGAAGACGAUGAUGACGAAGAAAGAGAAGAUCCAUCUUUCUCUCUAGCGCCACCAAGAGAAUUAUCAUUUAAUGAGAAGAAAACCCACAUCUCUAUAAUCAUUGACAAUUUCUUCAAGCUUGCAAAAGCAAACAAUACGUCUAAUGGAGUCAAGAAACUAGAGUCCACACAAGAUCAGUCUGACUCUAUUAACAAAAGUUUGACCGAUGUUGCCAUCAAAUCAUUCAAUAAGGAUACGUGGGUCUUACUUUUAACCAGGUUGGCAACUCGGGGCAUGAGAACAGUUGCCGAAGAGGAUGGAGUUGAAGAUAAAGCCCCUGACGAUCAGAACAAGGAGGACAUGGGCACAAUGAUUCGAGAUGCCCUCUUUAAAUACUUUAUUGAGAAUAUACACGACAGAGUUGAUGUUGUUAUUGAAUGGUUGAAUGAGGAAUGGUUUAGUGAACAAAGUUUUCAACAAAAUAGGAAACAACAGCAGCAACAGAGAGACAAACUGGGUGAUAACGCGAAUGAAGGGACGAAAGUCUUGGCAUGUCAAGUGUCGACCCCGGUAUACAAUAAAUGGGCCAAUAAAGUCCUUGAUUCCAUGAUCAAUUACUUGGAACCCAAUGACAAGCGGAUUUUCCUUAGAUUGCUUAGUGAUUUGCCAAUGUUGAAUGAAGAAAUGUUGCAAAAGAUCAAGUCGCUCUGCUUUGACCCUGCUAGAUCAAGCAUCGGAUUUUUGGCCUUGCAGUUUUUGUGCAUGUACCGGCCACCAGCAAAGAGUAUAUGUGUUAAGAUUUUAACCGAGUUGAGUGACAGUGAUCAAGACGAUGUUAAGGAGGAAGCAAAGAGGAAGUUGAGUAGAUUGUAG